AUGGUGAGGGCUGCCCGCGCCCUGCUCUCCGCCGUCACCCGCCUGCUCAUCCUCGCCGACAUGGCUGACGUCAUGAGGCUGCUGGCCCACCUCAAAAUCGUACGUAACUCAUAGUCAUUUCAAACCUCUGUGAUUGUCACCCCAUGCUUCCAAUGGUUUGAUUAAGCACCUAAGUUGCAUCUGAGUACAAACCUUGGUCUAGGACGCUAUCAUACAAAGUCUGACAAAGUUACUCUCGAGUAACCUCCUAACUUUUAUUCGAACACUGUGAACGACGUUGGCCUUUGAAAAGGUUGUUUGAAGUUGCUGUCGGUUAGUCUGCAUAUCUUUAAACGUGCCACAGAGAGGCUCCCCUACCAGCUACAAAGUCAGCUGGCCUUUGUAGAUAGACCCAGCAGGACACCUUCCUACACACACUCACACAAACUCUCACGCGCACACACAUGUACACAUGCACAAGCGCACACACACACACACACACACACACCCAACCCCCAUAGAGUUUCAGGGUGAGCCAACCACUACUGUACCAAAUCCCACACACAUACACACACCUCUCCCUUCCCCUACUGUAUGUGAAAGAGCGAGGUAGCUGUAAAUCGUAUAAAAACACAAGGGCUUUCAUAUGCCCUUUGGUGAGCCACAGGGACAUACAUACAUAGUCAGGCUACAGAAUAGUCAGCACCUUCAGUAAGUACGCUAGAGUCACCCUGUGCUCUUUGUCAUGGGCCCUGGUCAGAGUAGUGCACUAAAUAGAGAAUAGUGUGCCAUUUUGGACGCAUCCAGGAUACAUCUUCUCUCGUCACCUAGUAUGUGGAAGGACACUGUAUCAAUUUUUGGACACCUUCAGUGAGUAACGUCCCUCUGUCCUGUCCCAUCCCCUCCCCAGGAUAUCCCAGCAUGCCCUGCUCUAAUCCAUAGCCACUGAUCACUACUGAUCCCUGGGAGCUCUACCUUCUACCCGGGCCCCACAUUAGCAUAUAGAUGAGCCAGCACCUCAGUAGUAGAGCACACACACAUGUGCUGGAGCUUGCACACACACACACACACACACAUUCACACGGAUGCAUGCACAAGCAUGUGAUAUCAGAGCCCACUGAUGGAUACCCGCUAUACUGAACAAGGAGUUAUUAACCACACGUACUGUGCAUGUCACACCGCUUGGAUAGAAGUGUUAUUAAGCCUAUAUGUUUACAGGACACAUGCAGAUCACAAGUUAGGAUUUGGGCUUAAUAAUUGCCCAGACUUACACACACACAUGCAGGCACACACACACAUGCACAUAUGCACGCAUGCAUGCACACACACACAAACACACACACACUCAGAUAGUUCAUCUUCUGGAACGUUUGGGUUCCCCGGGAGCCGAGAGGGGGCUUAACUCCAGUCUGUGCCUAAGCUUCGCCAUCAAAGGCCACUUACAAGUUAUCUCUCUCUCGCUCUCUCCUUCUCUCUAUUUUUCUCUUUCUUCUCUCUAUUUUUCUCUUUUCAAUACAGCGUCUGUCUGCACUUUCAUAACGGCUACAGAAAUUCGUUUAGAAUAAGAAUGCACAUACAGGGAUGAGGAUCGCUAUAAGGAGACCAUAAAAAAAAAAACGUACACAAGUUAAUGGCCACAAAACAAUAAAAUAAAAAAUUGUUCUGGUAGCAAUUACAAAGAACCCUGUUGCAGGAGUACUAAAACUUGUAGUGUGAAAUUAUUAUGUGAAAAAAAAAUUCCUAUCAAAAAAAGUAUCUAAUUAUCAACAACUGUCAAUUAAUUAUAAUCCACAUAAUAAUUCACAUUUCCUGUUGCUGCAGGAUUGUUUUCCUGCUGUAGCAAACUGGCUCAAAUUAAGAUCCUACAUCUGUAGCUGAAGUUUUGUCUCUUAAUGAAAAAAUAUUAUUAUCAUUAUAAAAUAAUUUUUGUUUGAAUAUUUAAAAUAUAAAAUUAACAUGCAGUGAAGCCGCUCAACAUUUACAUCACAUUAGUCAUCUAACAGACUCCCAUCCAGAGCGACCCACUGAAGCAACCAGGGUCAACGCCCCGCUCAAGGGCACGUCAACAGAUCUCCCAUAAGGUCAAAAACGGGGACCCAAACCAGCGACCCAUCAGCCACCAGCCCAAGCUCCCAACCGCCAGGCCAUCAGCCCUCCAAGAUCCCCCCCACAGUUCCCCAAGAGCUGCCCCUCAACCAUCCGAGAACCCACCCCCCCCCCCCCCCCCCCCCACCCCGACAGUCCCCAACAGAAAAAUCAAAUAAUUCCAAUAUAAAACUUGAGUCAUUGGCAUACAUGGACACCUUUGUUUUUAAGCCUUGGAUUUCUAAUCCUCUAAUGUUGUUAUUUGAUCUGAUUUUAAUAGCUAGCAUUUUGAUGGCCAUAACGAAUAGAUAUGGUGACAGUGGACGCCCUUGUUUAACUCCCCUUGACAAUUCAAAACUCUCUGAGAAGUAGCCACUAUUUACAAUUUUACACCUCGGAAAAUACUUAAUGGAAAGCCUUAAGGUACAGAGGGUAGCUAUGUCCAUAAACAUUUUACUUAUUUUAAAUAUUUGUGUCUCUGUGUUUCCAUCUCUGUGUGUGUGUGUUUCUGUGUAUGCACGUACGUGUUUGUGUGUCUGACAGGUGGAGGAGGCCCUGGAGGCAGUGAAGAAUGCCACCAACGAGCAGGACCUGGCCAACCGCUUCAAAGAGUUUGGCAAGGAGAUGGUGAAGCUCAACUAUGUGGCCGCCCGCAGACAGCAGGUAACACAAACACACUCACACUACAGGUAAUUGUCAAAUACGUCAUAUUCCACACCUGGCUCCUUGAGCUUGUAUCACAGAUAAACGGGAAACCAAGCUUUGCGGGAGACUGCUCACACACACACACACACACACACACACACACACACACACACACACACACACACACACACACACACACACACACACACACACACACACACACACACACACACACACACACACACCUGUACCUCCAGCACCAUUAUCCCCUCUAACCCUCAGUGAUGUGUUAAACCUGAAGACGAUCAGAUCCAGCCAGGGGAACUGUAAAGAGAAACCAGUAGCGAGGCAGACACAUUAAAAACAGAUAGAGAUAGAGAGCCCUUCGGCUCUUACCAAGACACAGCGAGAACACUGAUUCUCUAUCAUAGCAGUACAUCACACGCAGGCACUCAAGCACAUACGUGCACACGGACACACACAGAGCAAGCAGACACAAUCUCUGUCAUGACACUACAUCACACCGCUGUCUCUAUAGCCAGCCUAGGGAGAGGGAAACAACUCUGCUUCUAACACCAAGCUGUGCUCUCGGUCAUAACUGAACGCGUUCUCCAAAAACACGUUUAAAAGCUGAGCUGUAUCCGUAGAGUCGUGACUGUGCCAUAGCACACCAUUUCUGACUGAGGAAUGACUGAGGCUGCGUCUCAAAUGGCACACUACUUUUGAGCAGGGCCCAUAGAGCUCUGGUCAAAAGUAGUGCAUUAUAUAGGGAAUAUGGUGUGAUUUGGGACACAUGCUGAAAGAGUUGAACUGCCAUCUCUCGGAUGAUUGACUCACAUCUCUACGUCCCUGGUAAUGCCUCUUAAACAUCACCAUGGAAUAAUAAUUUAGAAUUCAGAGGAAAUUAUUAAUGUCUUUGAGUGCUUUCUUAAAGCUCCACUAAGUUUGGGUAUUUUUUGGUGGUACAUGUUUCAGGGAAUGCAUUUUACCUUUCUUAGAAUUAAAUCUGAAGUGUUAAGUGAGAACUCUGCAUAUUUAGUGUUUUGACAGGAAAUCUGUAAUAAGUAAUGUGUUAUACACUCAGUGGAACUGUUGGGUCACGCAAGGUGCACUCUUCAAGGGGACUGGCUUGACACAAAUUAUAUUUCUUUAUAUCAAGCAGGUCUGCCUAUCAAGGCUUUAUGGUGUUUGAAUAGAAUACGAGUAGACAUAUUGAAUAAAGCUCAUAUAAUCAAAAGCCUCAAGGUUGAACUUUCAAUCAACACAUAUCUUAUGCCCACAAUAAUGGUAUGUGAUGAUUCAUUUGAGUGUGUUUAAUGAAAUAUUUAGCCUUAGUUUGGAUAGUAUCUCGAGAGUCAGACCAGAAUUCAUAUCCUCUCGAAAUGAUUUCAAACAAAGUGGCAGUACCCUUCGAACAAAGUUACAGUGCCUCUAACUUUUCAGAUCAAUUCCAAUCCUGCUACAAAACAAAAGUCAAAUAAGUUUUGUAUGUUAGUAAAAUUAUGCAGGUUUACUAUAUAACCUGUGCUGAGGUCUGGUCUGUAUAUACGUAGCAUGUCCUAACAAGUAUACAACAUUUCCUAAGCAAUAUAACAUUUCCUAACCAGUAUAUAACAUUUCCUAAACAGUAUACAACCUUUCCUAACCAAACAUUAGGAACACCUUUCUAAUAUUGAGUUUGCCCCCCCCCCCCCAUUUUGCCCUCAGAAUAGCCUCAAUUCGUCGGGACAUGGACUCUACAAGGUGUCGAAAGCGUUCCACAGGGAUGCUGGCCCAUGUUGAGUCCAAUGCUUCCUACAGUUGUGUCAAGUUGGCUGGAUGUCCAAUGGGUGGUGGACCAUUCUUGAUACACACAGGAAACUGUUGAGCAUGAAAAACCCAGCAGCAUUGCAGUUCUUGACACAAACCGGUGCGCCUGGCACCUACUACCAUACCCCGUUCAAAGGGACUUAAAUAUUUUGUCUUGCCCAUUCAUCCUCUGAAUGGCACACAUACACAAUCCAUGUCUCAAUUAUCUCAAGGCUUAAGAAUCCUUCUUUAACCUGUCUCCGCCCCUUGAUCUACACUGAUUUAAGUGGAUUUAACAAGUGACAUCAAUAGGGGAUCAUAGCUUUCACCUGGCUUCACCUGGUCAGUCUAUGUCAUGGAAAGAGCAGGUAUCCUUAAUGUUUUGUAUACUCAGUGUAUAACAUUUCCUAAACAGUAUACAUUUCCUAACCAGUAUAUAACAUUUCCUAAACAUAACAUUUUCUAGCCAAUAUAUAACAUUUCCUAAACAGUAUACAUUUUCUAAACUGUAUACAUUUCCUAAACAGUAAACAACAUUUCCUAACCAGUAUAUAGCAUUUCCUGACCAGUAUAUAACAUUUCUUAACUUCCCGUCUCGUCUUCAGGAGCUGAAAGACCCCCAGUGCCGGGACGAAAUGGCGGCGGCGCGCGGCGCCCUGAAGAAGAACGCCACCAUGCUCUACACGGCCUCGCAGGCCUUCCUGCGCCACCCAGACGUGGCGGCCACGCGCGCCAACCGCGACUACGUCUUCAAGCAGGUGCAGGAGGCCAUCGGGGGCAUCAGCAGCGCCGCCCAGGCCACCUCGCCUGGCGACGAGAAACACGGCCACGCUGGCAUCGGCGAGCUGGCUGCGGCCCUCAACGAGUUUGACGUGAGUACCAGAACCUAUUCCGCUCUUUCGCUCUCCCCAGCCCCAUGAUGAAGUCGGAAGCGUUGUAUGGAGUUCUAUGGAGUCUGCAAGACUCUGAGUCUGGCUGUGGUGUAUUUCUAAGGCUGUGCCCAGGUGGGUCCCAGGCAGUGGGUUCUGUUUCCUUCCCUUCCUCUCUUUGAUAACCACGGCCUCCUCUGUGCUCUGUGGCGACAUCACAAGUAUUAG